CUCUUUGCAUAAAUAUACAUUUCAAAAUUGCCCAAGUCUAGUACCAAAUCCAUUCGGUUUUUAAUAAAAAUCAAUCAGACUGAGCCUUUACAUGGAUUUCAACUGAAAAAAUAAUAUUUCGCAAUAUUCAUUGAUUUGAAAAGGCUUGUUACAUAUGUAUGGUUGUAGGUUAUGCAAAGGUACUUUAUGUAAAGGGACCCAACGUUUGUACGUACCUACUUUAUAAUCAUACUAUUUUUGUAUCCGAAGGGUCUACUUUUUAGGCAAAUGUGUAUAGACCAUGGUACCCCCCACAGGAUUAGUUUUUGGGGUCAGUUUUUAUCCCUUGAAAAUAUGUAAAUUCAACCAACAAGGUGCAGUCAGUUUUAUGCCUGGAAACCGUACAUACAUACAUACAUACAUACACAUACAUAAUAACAAAUAAUUUUCUAAUAAUUGAAUUGGUACUUGAUUUUCAAAUAAUUGAAUUGAAUACUUGAAUUGGUAAUUACCAAUUAAAAAUUAGCCGAUUAAAAACCAAGCUUUUUUAUUUCAAACCAGGUCGUCUUCCCUCACAAGUUGUUUACUUAACCUUCUUGAGUAUUUACACUAUAAUAAAAUGUAAUUAGAGUGUGCACAAUCAAUAAUGAACCAAGCUGAAGAAAUGGAUCCCGUAAACCUCGCGUUUGCAAAUCAGCUCAUUUUCGACAAAAUUCGAACCUUCCUCCCCAAGCUCGGUCCAACUUUACGGCUCGUUUGCAAAACCUGGAAUGAUCGAAUUCUCUCCUCUUCACGGCCCAAACUGGUCUUAAAAUUGUAUCGCUACUGCUUCCAAAAUCACGACCUUUGUUGUGACCCUUUGACCUUUCAACGUUUCAUAAUGACAAUGGACCCACGACUUGCGACGCAUGUGCAGCUAUGGAGCAGAUAUUUUUGCGUAUAUGUGCCCGACUUUCGAAAAGAGCGAGAUCAACACUUCAAGUCCUUAAUGGUACGGUUGUCCCACCUUUGCGAAAAAUUUGGCGAUAUGAUCCAAACGCUUGUGGUACUCGUAAGGGCGUCCAUGCUGCCCAUCUUGUACGAAUUGCUAUCCAGGUGCUGUCCAAACUUGAAGAAUUUGCGGAUCAUGGAAUGGACAUUGACUCCUUCUGAGCGAGGGGAGGAGACGUCCCUGGCCUGGGACGAGUAA